CCUAACAAAGACUGGUCGGUUAUGGCGCGCCAACUUUGCAGCAUGGUAAACAACAAGUUGCGUCUUGUGGUUCAUUACCCCGUGCGCUUUGCAUAUAUUCUUGUUUUUGUGUAGUUAGAGACUUUUGCAGCUCCCCCGAAGAUAUGUGGUCUCUGCAUCACGUGGAAACGAACAACGUGUGCUACCGUCUUUUGUGCGGGGGAGAAUUCACGGUGGGUCGCAAGGGCGCGGACAUUUUAAUUGCAAACGAUGCAUCGAUCAGUCGGGAACAUGCUGUACUAUCUGUUGCUCCCUUGCCCGAAGAUCGCCUCGAAGAUGUUUCCUUCGUACCCCUACUUCGAGUGAAGGAUCUUGGCUCCAAGUACGGGACGAGCGUCAACUCGAGAGAACUCGGUAAAUCCGAUGAAACCGCUCUGAGAGAAGGCGACAUCGUUACUUUCGGAAAGCUCGGUAGCAAGUACAAGAUGUGCUACCAUGCUCCAUAUGUGGUGGCUACUUCGUGUCUAUCGACGCCAGAAAAAGACCGUCUCAAGGUUACGUUGAAGAAAAUUGGGGCCCGACUCAAGCCCGAGUGGUCCAAUUGUUGCACACACGUCGUGAUGGCUGCCAUUCGCCUCACGAUGAAGACGACGGCAGCCCUGCUAGCUGCGAAGCCUGUGGUGACACCAGAUUUUUUUACAGAAGUGCAGAACCGCGUACAGCGCCAAGACCCAACCGACGUUGACCCGGCGGUGUUUAUACCGGACGUCACGGAAGAGUGUCUGACGUUAUCGAAGGAGACGUUCGGCUGCAACGAAGCUCGCAAGAGCGUGUUCUCCGGAAAGACGUUUUAUUUCCUGACUGAGAAGCAGUACAAGUCACUAGGCGAGCUUGUGGUAUCGGGCGGCGGCCGAGCGGAGUUGGUGCGCAACCCCAGUCGACCGACGCCCGAUCUCAUAGCUGAAGGCAGCUGUGUGAUUAAACCCAGCGACGGCAACGAAACGCCCGUGUGCCGCUACCUUCUCAAAAACAAGCUGCGUUCCUUGUCUGCGUCGGACGUGGGCAUGGCGGUCAUCCACUGCUCGACAGACAAAUUCUGUAACCCUCGCAAUAGAAUGGUCAAUGUGUUGUGGGGCGACGACAUGCUGUCGACUCAAGCGCAAUCGCAGGAAGAGGUGUGCGCGCCGGAUACCGAACCGUCGCAGCAGGGCGUGGUCCCAAGGCGUUACGAACUUUCAGGCGCACCGUCCACUUCUAGAACCAUUCCCGAGAGCAGGUUGUGGAGCACGUCAGCUUCUGGCAUUGGGAGCAACCUCGACCUUUUAUUAGAUGCUAACACGGGAACAACAACUGUUAGUGAACAGGCUCGGGGUUUCCUGACACCAUUGAAGGAAUCGCCAAUCAAAAAUCGCUUGGCUGGAGAGCCCUCAUCACCUAAGCGGUCGCCCCGCAAGAUAAGGAAGAAAGAUGCUCAGGGGACCCUCCCCUUAGAGUGCUACUUUGGCAGGCAAUCCCAAAAGAGAAAAGACGACACUCUGGAAGAAACAAGUGCAGCAAAGGUACCUAGGUUGGAUCCAGCAUCCAAUGCAGAUUAUAAAGAGGCCGAAGUUAAACAGGAGGUACUUACACCACCAUCACCUGAACAGCAGGAACUAAGUGUCAGUUUAGCUGAUGAGGAGCAAAGUAUGGAAGCUGAUGUGGCGGAAUCUUUUCCAAGUACUUCACACUGGGCUCCAGUGCCCUCACAAGAACCACUAUCUCAGUCGGGAAAUAGGAAGCAACCCAGCACCAAGCCAUGUGAUGCUUCAUUGGAACUGUCUGUCAAUGACAGCCACAACGUAGAGGACCUCAUGGUUGAAACAAGCAAAGUCGUCGUUGAGUUCGCAGAUUUGGUUCUCCGCAGUUCUCGGUCAGUCGUGCCAACGCAAGAAUCGCUGUCGACGCUGGGAGUGCGGAACUUUAAGCGAUUUCAAAAAGCUCACCAAGCUCACCUAGUUGGUCUGCCGAAGAUUAUUGGUGGGCCUGACCUAGAACUUUAUGUUCCUGUUAUGCCUGGACAAGAGUUUGAGGAUGUUGAAGCAGAGUCUGAUGACCUCGGCCACUUGUUUGACUAUUGCCCAAACAACUCAAAGAGAAGGCGCCUAGUCUGAUGUACUUUUAGGUGAAAAUUCGAUACUGUAUAAGAUGGGAAAUAUCACCUGGUUUUGCUAUUGUUGCAUUUCUUAUUGCUUGUAAGUAUGAUGUGAAGGUGUGAUGAGAACAAUAUUGAGCUUGCCAGCUCUAGUAAAAUUGCAUAACUGCAUUACCUAAUGUUGAAAUGGCUAGGAUCUUUUGAGCAUGUGCCUGUAUGGCCCACAGUGAUACAUUAAGAAAGCAAACACAAACUACAAAAGUUAGGUAAACAUUUUGGUUUCUACUGGGAGAUUGUUAACCCUCCUGACUCUCGUGGUCUGUGUUAGUUGUCUUUAUAAUGCAUUGUUCUGACCUAAUGGCAUACCAUCUUGCUCUUGACUUCAUGCUCUAUAGCAGCAUCCAUCCUCCUUUCAAACCUUUCAUUAUUCAUCACUUCAGUGUUGCACAACUCUGGAAGCAGCUCAGGGUGAUCCGUUCAGUCCACUUAAUGGCCACUCAUACUGUUGAGACAUAUUGUAGCCUGCACUAUCUUGUAUUGGUGUGCUGUUACUGCCAGAAGAGAGUUUGUGGUAUGUAAGUAGGGCGGUUAGAGCUGUAACAUUGGAAGGAAACACCAUGGUAAAAAAGUUGUUGCUAAUGCAGAAGGCAACUGCUAUUUAAGCUGGUACUGCUAAGUAGGAAAUCGGUGCAACUUGGGUGACUUCUGUGCUCUGUGUUCUGGCCCCUCCAGUUCCAGCUUCUAGUGAAAAGUUUGAUGGCAACAACUUGAAGGGACAACUUGAAGAUAAGGUCAACCACUGCCCACUGUCUAAUGAGGCCUUGCAACAUACUUCCUUGAAACCUGAAUGAACGCUGGAAUAAGUGUGAUGUGCCUUGACAAGUCAAAGAUGCUAGUUUCAGCCACUAUUCUGAUAUUUUUUUUUCUUGCUUUACAUAAAGUAAUGUAGCCUAAGAGUGAGUGUCUACAAAGUCUACCAGUGUAAAUGCUGUGGUAAAUUAAGUUGUGUGAUGUGUGUUUGUAUAAAUCUUGUUUGGCACAAGAAUGUUUUUAUCACAUGUUGGGCUAGUUAAUUGUUGGGUUUGGACAUAAUUAAAGAUUGUGCAAUUUGUGUUUUUACAUUAACAGUGGCCAUACUGGCAUUCUAUCUAUCUGCCUAGAAGGCAUACUGAAAUUCAUGGGUGUUGCUUUGACUCAGAAUUUUCUUAACAUUCGCAUGAACACAAAUGAGACAAGAUGACCUAAUUUAAAUUUCUUGGGGGGGGGGGGGGGGGUUCUGUAUCACUUUGACAGUGUUUUGUUUUAUUAGGAUUUUGAAGCUCAGGAGAUUGAAUGUUUCAAGGUGUAGCUAAUCUGUGGCUUGUAUAUGUAAUUUGCUCCCUAUUGCUUUGAGCAUCAAGGAGCAUGUGUACAAUCGCUUGUGAACUUAGUCACUACUCUCAUCACCGAAGCAUGCAAGCUCUAGAAUGUUGGAGCUAGGGUAGCUGGGUUACGGUGGCUCCACUAUUAAAGUCCAAUGUUGCUUCACGCUUACCCUCCUGUACUUUUUUAAUGCCUGCGUGAUGAGACUGGAACUUGCACUCACUUAGAGGGCAUCACUUUUCUAGUAUUGACAGCUUAUGGGGCAUAGUUAGGGUAAUGUCAAAUUUCUUUACUUUUCACAUCACGUGAAAGCAAAGGAGUUGUGGGAGGGGCAACUGUCAUUGCGAGAAUCGUCUGCUCUGGUAAUGUCUGGUAACUUUAUGCCACCACAUUGGACCACUGGCUACCAUACAUUUCGGAGCAACUGGGCAGGCAUCAUAAAAUAUUCAGGAGGCUAUCCUUCAGGUCAGUGUUGGUGAGUGUAGUGCUAAAACAAAGUAGCUGGCACGUUGCAGUGAGGAGAAUGGUAGCCUUUGCAUUUUGGCUACAUACUAUACUUGUGCAUAAACCAAAGCACACUGCCCUGCUUUAGCCCCAUUGUUUUGCAUUGUUUAUCUGCUCAAAAGCAGCCACAAUGGUAAAAAUACAGUAUAGUAGCAUAGUGGCUUAUCUGGAGCAUUAUGUUACAAAAAAAUGACGGCUCAUCCCAUGCCAUCCUUGCUCAUAUGGGAUGUCUGUUCCAAGAUUGCCUUAGGUUGCUUUACCUUGCAGUUCAUGUUGAGUCAUUUUUACUCAUUUCCAGAUUGAAAAUACUAUUCUGUUCUGAUAAUGCAAGUGUCAUAUUUCAUUCAUUAAACCAAACUGAUCAGA